GGAAAAAGGGAAAAGAGAAAACAGAAAAAGAAUUGCAUACCACUAUGUCUGAAUAUAGCCUCUACUAGUAGAUAAUUCCAUCUGAUUUGCACUUUUGCCUUUUUAUUUCCGUUUUUGGACACCUCCUUUAUCAUCCAGCUAACUGGGAUAGACAAAGCACUGUUGGUGCCCUGAGCGACAGAACUCUGGUAGGGGGCUGGCUGUAAAUUGACGUGGCAUGGAAAUUCUCCGCUAAGUUGUAGCAGCUUGCAUGUUUCUCCUAAGAUCAAGCCCAGCCUCCCGGAGCUGUAGCUUAAUCAUCAUGGGUUCAACGACUUUACAGAAAAAUGGAUAGAAAAAGUCUUCAGCUCCUUUCUUUGGACUCAAAUGUUUUCUUUUUGAGUAUCUAUGGUUUAGCUGAAAAAAUCAAAGUAGUUAAGUCUGUAACUUUCUUUUUGCAGCUUAAACAACAGAAUUUGCUGGUCUCCCUCCCCUAUCCUGCAAUUUAAUUCCUUACAGAUUUUGCCAUGGGGUGCGGACUUAGAAAGCUAGAAGACCCUGAUGAUAGCAGUCCUGGAAAAAUAUUUUCUACCCUGAAGAGACCGCAAGUGGAAACAAAGACAGAAUUUGCUUACGAAUAUGUAUUGCUGGAUUUUACUUUACAAGCUUCGCCAAACCCAGAAGUAAUCAAGAUAAAUUCAAUUCUGGAUAUAGUAACAAAAGUGGAAGACUACUAUCUUAAAGGAUAUAUUGUUGGGGCUAUUCAUCCUGUUAUACAACCUGUUGGGCAGCAAAAACACCUGCCUGCAAGUUACCUAUACAGGGUGGUGCUGUCGCGCUUGAAAUUAAGCACGAAGCAUUCGACAGCACCCAGUGGACAAAGACGCCCAAGGCUUGUGAUUGAGGAAUGUCCUCUAACUUUUGAGACACAAACAAAUGACGUAGCAAAAGAACUGAUAGAAAAGAUUAAUGGAGGUGCUAAAAGAGGAAUGAAAUUUGUUGGAUUCAUAUCACAGCACUGUCCACCACUUAAAUUCUGCAAUGGAACCAACCAUGAUGGAGAUACAGAAUCAGCACUACAUGUGAGACACAGUUCAGAGGAAAACUGUAAAAUUUGGAAUGAAGGAACAUUAAGUGGGCAAUCAUCUGAAAGUGGAAUUGAGGAAGAACUACAUCAUGAAAGCGGACAGUGUCAAAUGGAACGAGAUGGCAGCCCCAGUUUCUCUAAAUCAAGAAAGGGAGAAGAUAACAAGUUGUAUACAGUCUUCAAUGAUUUUGAGGAUGAAUCAACCUGCUGGACCUAUCAGGAAGGCAUCCUGUCAAUGAAAGUAACAAGAAAAGGCUCUGUCAUUAGUACACUUGAUGCCGAUUGGCUGGAGUUAACUACAUUUUAUUAUAAACAAGGCUUGUCUUUAAUCGAUUCUUUUGUAUGCUGGGAAACAUCUAAAGGGGACCAUUUGCCAAAAUCUUUGGAAGGAUUCUUUAUCUAUGAAGAAGAAGGCUCUGGAGUUCCAGGAUUCAGCAGGAAAGGAAAUGAUGCCAUCGUAGUAGAACAAUGGACAGUUAUUGAGGGCUGUGAAAUCAAAACAGAUUAUGGCCCUCUGCUGCACACUCUGGCUGAGUUUGGAUGGCUCCUGACAAGCGUGUUGCCUACACCUAUACUGAGACAUGACAGUGAAGGGAAUUUGGCUACAAAGCAGGUUGUGUUCCUUCAGAGACCAGUUAUGUGGAAUUCAGCCGCUCAAACACCGGAAAGGAAAGGCAGCCGGCACGUGAAAGGUGAAGACAGGAGCAAGGUCACGAGCAGGAGCACCGGACUGGACACGGCCCUGUCGCAGCCUGCAGAGGGCAGGAGCCCGCCCGAGGCGCGCCCCCUCGGCCCUGCUAGAGAGUGCGGGGUGAAGGGGAAGAGGCCGGCCCGGCACAGCAGCUUCUCCGGGCUCAGCAGCGGUGACAGCGUCCUGCGGGAAACAGAUGAUGGACAGUUUGACCAGGAAGAUGGAGUAACUCAGGUCACUUGUAUGUGAGCAAAGAAGGAAAGGAACAGAGGCCUUGUAAAUAAUUAUUAAAAUAAUUGCCAAGUUACUUUAUUGUAUUGCUUUAUCUGCAUUUAUGUAAUACUUUGAAUUUUUCCAGACUCAGGCUUUCCUCUAAUCUACGUAAACUUUGGCUCAACCUUCCAGGCAAGGAAGAAUAACCAACAUUACAGUUUUCUCAACUAAAACAUCUGUUUAAACAGAUGUCUUAUGAGGUUAUUAACCGAUAAUGUACUUCAGUGUCUCAUGAAUGCGCAAGGUAUACUUUUCUUACAAUUCCUGGUAAGACAACUAAAUAUCUCAACCAGUAUUUUCACUUCAUUAGAAAAUUGUCAGGAAGUUAGAGCCUUACUUAAGCUGAAAAUUCUCCCUCUCUCUCUCUCUCUUUCACACACACACACACACACACA